AUGGACCGCCAGCUCCUGCCUGUGCUGCUGCUGUUGCUGCUGCUUCUGGGGGCCUUGGGGCCCCGGGGGCAGGCGCAGGGGCCUGAGGGCCCCUCAGAGGAGCCUCCUGAGGAGCCUCCUGGGGAGGAAGUCCCGGAGGAUGAGGGGGUCUUGGUGCUGAACCUCCAAACCCUGGGCCCAGCCCUGCGGGAGCACGCGGCCCUGCUGGUGGAGUUCUACUCUGCAGAGGCCCAGACGUCCCCCAAGAUCUUCGCCGUCAGAAUCCUGAACCACCUGUUGCUAUUCAUCGACCAGACGCUGGCCCCGCACAGGGAGCUCCUGGCGGGCUUCAGGGAGGUGGCUCCUCCAUUCCGGGGGCAGGUGCUGUUUGUGGUGGUGGAUGUGGCUGCGGACACUGAUCACGUGCUGCAGUACUUUGGCCUCAAGGCCGAGGCGGCCCCCACCAUGCGCCUGGUCAAUGUCGAGACUACCAAGAAGUAUGCGCCCACUGAUGGAGAGCCCAUCACUGCAGCUUCUAUCACCGCCUUCUGUCACGCAGUCCUCAGUGGACAGGUCAAGCCCUAUUUCCUGAGCCAGGAAGUGCCCCCUGACUGGGACCAGCAGCUGGUCAAGAUCCUUGUGGGCAAGAAUUUCGAGCAGGUGGCUUUCGAUGAAACCAAGAAUGUGUUUGUCAAGUUCUACGCCCCGUGGUGCACCCACUGCAAGGAGAUGGCCCCGACCUGGGAGGCGCUGGCUGAGAAGUACAAGGACCAGGAAGACAUUGUCAUUGCUGAGCUGGACGCCACAGCCAAUGAGCUGGAAGGCUUUGCUGUGCAGGGCUUCCCCACCCUCAAGUACUUCCCAGCAGGGCCAGAUCGGAAGGUGAUAGAGUACAGAAGCACCAGGGACCUGGAGACCUUGUCCAAGUUCCUAGACAAUGGGGGCAAGCUGCCCAUGGAGGAGCCAGUAGCCCCCUUUCCGGAACCAUCGGCCAACUCCACUGUGGGUUCCAAGGAGGAGCUAUAGCCACUCCACACUGCUGACAGCACCUGCACAGUAUCCUGGCACUCGCACAUGGCCCGGCAACCCCCUACCACCCUGACACCCCCACGGACUGGAGCAUGUCUCGUGUGCUGGUGGACCUUGAGCUGUGAAUAAAGAGCGCUGGUCUGGGCUGA